GGCUUUCGCCGCGUCCCGACCACCGCGUCUCAACCUCGUCAGCCUUCUGCCCUUGCAUCCCCAGGAAGUUAUUGAACACAAAGAAAUACAAUAAAAAAAUGAUUGAUCCUUUUCGCUAGCGGAUUCUUUCAGCCCAGACCACCCCGAGCUUCCCGUUUUGAGAUUAUCUUGAAAGAUGCACCACUCUCAGCUGGCGCCAUUGCCCAUCGACCUCCCCUUUCGAAUAGUCUCUAAGACAUUCGGCCAGGGUGCUUAUGCUAGCUUGAAAAAAGCGUGCCCUGUGAACGCCGAUAACCCUGUCUUCGCUGUCAAGUUCAUCAACAAAGACUAUGCCGCUCGCCAUGGCAAGAUAAGUCCUCGACAGUUGCUCAUGGAAGCAACGGUACACAAACAUAUUGGCGACCAUAACAAUAUCAUUUCCUUCUUCCAAACUGGGGAGGAUGGGGCCUGGCGAUGGAUCGCGAUGGAACUAGCCGAAGGAGGGGACCUCUUUGACAAAAUCGAAGCGGACGAGGGCGUCGGCGAGGACAUCGGCCAUGUAUACUUCUCCCAGCUUGUCAGCGCGGUAGGAUACAUGCACUCGAAAGGUGUAGGGCAUCGAGAUAUUAAGCCAGAGAAUAUUCUCUUGACAGCGGAUGGAAAUCUGAAAAUCGCGGAUUUUGGUCUCGCGACGCUUUUCGAAUACAAGGGUGGCACCAAGCUGUCCACCACCUUCUGCGGUAGCCCACCUUAUAUCGCGCCGGAGGUUAUCACCUGUAGCACGCGGAAUCAAACGAAGGGAUCUGGAUACCGCCCUGACGUGGCGGACGUCUGGUCUUGUGGGAUUGUUCUUUUUGUUCUCCUUGCCGGAAAUACACCCUGGGAUAGUCCUACGGAGGACAGCUAUGAAUUUCACGAAUAUGUUACGAAAAACUCCCGCACAUCCGACGAGCUAUGGCAGAAACUACCCACCUCCACAUUAUCACUACUUCGCGGCAUGCUGAACGUCGAUUCUCACCAUAGAUUUUCCCUAGAAGAUGUCAGAAGACACCCUUGGUUCACCCGUAACAACAAACACCUCACCCCUGAUGGCAGACUGCACGACCCGAUCAAGAUAGCCACAUCCAUGUUCGAAUCUCUACACAUUGACCUCUCCCAAUCUGUGUCCCGACCCAUGAACGGCGGUAGUUUCGGUGCGGAUAGAAUGGAUAUCGAUAUCGGCGACGACUUAGGCGCGGAGCACAGAAUCUCAUCUACCCAGCCCGAGGUGCCCAGAGGCAACAUGAUGAUCGACUGGGACACGCCGCACCUCACAGAGGUCUUCUCAUCGAGCCAACCGACAGGCAAACAGCCACCAAGCAGUCUCAGCCCAGAAAUCUUAGAAGACGAACCCACCUUUUCGCAAUUCUCGCAACGCCCCUCCGUUCCACUCAGCCGGACUCAAAACGCCCAGCGAUUCCACGACAUCGUCCCCUCCCGCUCCAUGACUCGCUUCUUCUCCGCGUGGGAACUCAAGCUCCUGGUCCCCCUUAUCUGCGAAGCACUGCACCGCCUCGGCGUCCCUGUUCCCGCUGUCCCUGGCGUCUCUCCCGGUGACAACUCGGCCAUGAUUCGAGUCAUUACCAGAGACGGGAGGAUGUGCCCUCUGCAUGGAAAGGUACUUAUCGAGUGUGUCUCCGAGGGCCUCUUCGAAAUCGAAUUCAUGAAGGGCAAGGGCGAUCCACUUGAGUGGCGCCGGUUCUUCAAGAAGGUCGUCCUGCUUUGUAAGGAUGCGGUGUAUACACCUGAUUCAUAGGCAGCCUUCCUGUUUUGUUGGCACUUACAUUCACCAAUUUUUCGCUUCUAUCAACCCUAUUUGGAAAAUCUGCUUUUGUCACGUUAGACCUGUUUAACGCGUGUAUGUAUGUAUGUAUGUAUGUAUGUAUGUAUGAGUGAUGGAUACUUUACUAUCUUCGGAUAAUUUCUGGGGGCAAUUAUCACUAUUUAGCGAAUAAGUAUUUUGUUCAGGAAGGUCGAUGAAAUCGGCAAAAGCCUCUGGUAAAUCAAUAUUCCAAAAUGGGUAUCAUAUCCUCUCGACCUCACUCGUUGAAUAAGGCAAAAGGUAUUGUUUCCCCCAAUCCAUACAUACAGUAAGAGAAACCCAAUACACAGGGAUUGACAUAGAUAAUAUAGAUAUUAACACAGA